AAAUUACUGGACUCGUAAAUUGCGAGUCGCAAUACUCCAGACUAAAUAUUAAAUACACAUAUGUACAUACAUAUGUGUAGUUGUAAUUUACAACUUGUAAAUGUGUUGCCUACAUACAUGUAAAUCUAAUGGAUGUGCAUACUGUGGGAAAAAAGAGUUAUACAACGCUUAAUUGAAUUGCACAAGAAUUCUUUAUGAUCGAGAAUAAUAAAUUAUGAGGAUUUAAUAGAAAAUAGUUCGUAGUAUAGGCAAAUAUGUAGGUAGCUAUUUACGUCUUUUUAUGUAUCUGCGUUUAUGCACAUGUGCAUCCAUAUGUGCAUAUGAUAUAUAUCUUCAAUUAGAUUUGCACACAUUGUUUUCUUGCAUUGCAAUAUUGCCUAUGUACAUACAUACAUUUAAGUAUUUUCAGGUAUUUGCAAACCCUGAGAAAAUUCUGGUGGCCACUGCAUCGGUGCUUUCUGGGAACUUCCCCAUUAUUGGUUUUUGUUCAAGGUGCAUACAAGUUCAGGGUCAGGUAUUAUCUAUUUUUCACACAAUUUCUUCACUAACCUACCGUAACCAGCAUACAUAAAUGUACAUACCUAUGUACAAAUGUAAGUAUCUACCCAGGACACAUUAACAAUACCAAUACAUAACAUGUAUAUAUGCUCAAUUACUGGUGAUUAGACAUGAUCAUGUUGUAUGGUAUUUUAUUCCAAGUUGCACUGAGGAUGAGUCCAUGGCCAUGGCCAUGGCAUUGAGAUGCCGUGCCCUAUUUCACACCGUAUUUAAAUUACUCUAUAUUAAGUACUCUAUAUUUUAUAAGGGAAAUGGCACCCUUAAAAAAUUCCCUGGACAUUUAUGCUCUUCUUAUACUCCAAAACGCCCGGACUUUGUUUUUGCACCCGGGUAUUGUACAACUCCAUAUUUCCGUCCACGAUGCAUAGGCAUGCAUACAUAAAACCCGAAAUGGAUUCAUUUAUUUUUAGUGCAACAAAUAUGUAAUGUAUUGAUGAUGGUUUAAUUAAAUUCAUACAACAUUUUUUCCGGACUAUUAAAUGAGGUCCUAAUUGGUCAUAAAAUAUUGCCAGUAGCAAGAUUUCAGACUUUCGCCGCUUAUAUAAAAACCUUUUUGGGAAUGGUGUGAUCUUCAGAAAGCAUCUUUGAAGCAAAGGUAGUGAAUGUUUAGGGGUAUUUUAAGUUUGAGUAAAUGCGAAGAUUAAUUUGUCAGCCUGUUUAUAUACAUAUACAAAUAAAUACUUGUUCAGUCCAUAUUCUAUUUUCUAGUCAAUAACUUUGUAAAAAUAAAGACUUUAGAAUCAGAAAAUGUACAGUUCUUCAGGAAGAAUAUUUCUAGUCGGGAUCGUAUUGCUGGUCAGUACAAUUACCAUAUUUUGGUUCCUGGUCCCGAUCGCGACUCAUUGGAAGAUGUCACAGCUUCUCAGAUUUGAGGAAGGAGGUGAGGUUUUUGAAGCGUUUAAAAACAUCAAGGUGCAAAUUUUCUCAAAAGUUUACAUUUACAACGUGACAAACCCAGAGGAUGUUGCGUCUGGGAAAAGUUUACCAAAAUUUGUGGAAAUUGGUCCAUACGUGUAUGAGAAAACGCGGAAAACCAUUCCGCUACGGUUGGAUCCUGAAGAGGACACGUUUACUUAUCAGACCAAAUUUAUUUUUCAAUUUAGGCCGGAUUUAAGUAAUGGAUCGGAGUGGGAUAAAAUUACAAUUUUGAACGUUCCUCUUGUUGCGAUCGCCGAUAAGUUGAAACAGAUGCCACGACCGAUACAAAUCAUUGCGCAAGAAUACAUCGAUCUAUUCGAAGCGCCACUAUUUUUACAUACAAAUGUUAAGAGUGCUUUGUUCGACGGGAUUCAUUCAGACAUUGUCGAAUCAAUAUCAAAUUUAUUAGGGGUAGAAAUUAUGAGGAAUAAUACGUUUGGAUAUUUUACAGAGAAAAACGGCACUACUUCUCUCCCAUACGUGGUAAAUGCUGGAUUACGUGAUUUCACCAAACUUGGCAGCGUAAUUUCCUUCAACGGUCAAACCUCCUUGGACGUUUGGCCAGAUAAAAGAUGCAAUGCAAUUAGUGGUUCGGAUGGAGUUUUGUAUUCUCCUUUUGUCACGAGAGAAUCCAUUUUGCGCGGAUUCAAUCCCGAUAUCUGUCGAUCCUGGAGUUUGGACUACAAGGGGGACGAGGAAUACGAGGGGAUUUCCGGGUACCGAUUUGGAAUCCCGAAAAAUUUCUAUGACGUUUCCGCCCCCGAAAAUGAGUGCUUUUGUGAGCACGAAGAUAAAUCGAAAUGCCUAAAAAAUGGCGCACUUUCUCUAACACCGUGCCUCGGGGCGCCAAUGGUUUACUCAAAUCCGCACUUUCUAUAUGGGCAUCCUAAUUAUGGACAAUUGGCAGGAAACCCGAAUCCGGAAAGGGAUGAUACAGUCGUUAUUAUAGAGCCGACGACUGGAAUUGUUCUCAUGGGGUCGUUAAGAAUGCAGUUGAAUCUUGAGAUCAAGAAAUCAAAAGUUAUUAAAGGAUUGGGCAAAGUGAAGGAUACGUUGUUCCCGUUAUUCUGGGUGAAUGAGGUCGCCACCCACCUUCCAAAAGCAUAUGAAAAUCUUAGAUGGCGAGUCGCAAUUCCACUAACCUUGGUGGAGAUUGCAAAGUGGGCGAGCUUGGUGGCGAGCGUGUGUGCUAUAAUUGUCGGAGUGAUAAUUUUCUUUACGAGAGAAAAGCAUCGAGACUGGUAUGGAUAUCGAUAUACGUUUGGAGAAGAAAUGCUAUUUAAAAAUGUGAUAUCUGUACAUAAAUUCGAUACUUAAUGAAUACUUGGCUAGCGAGAUAAAAAACUGGGUUUUUAGCUAAUGAGUAAUUAAGUAAUUAAAACCAAAUGGAAUAUAAUUAAUUUUUCACACGACGGGAUCGUUAGUUGAAAAAUCGUGUAUAGUUUGAGUAUGUAAAUAUAAGAUACCUUGUAAAACCGUAAAGACAGAUAUUAACAAGCAACGUAUGCAAAU